AUGACGGUUCGAAUCAGAGUUCCUGUUACACGCCGACGCAACACGAAGAAAGUAAUGAUCUACACGGUGGAUUUACAAGAAGAUUUGCACGCGUCACAACCUAUGAUGGAAGCUAUGGUCUCUGGAUUUAAGCUGGAGGCAUUACUUGGACGUCUUCAAAUGGAGGUUGCAAAGGUUAGCAUGCUUAACGAUCUUAAUACAUUCUCAAACAACUAUUCGAUUAGAGUGAAGAUUGUUAGCAUUUCGAAGAAGAUGAUGAAUAAUAACAAAAAUGAAAUAUAUUGUCUUGAUAUGAUCUUCAUGGAUGAGAUGUUGGAUGAAUGUCUUCUUAUCACCAAACCUUCUCUUGCUACUAAUAAGUCCUCUGCUAAGUAUACCAAGAGAAAUGACAAAAUAUCACUGUAUUUCUAUACUUCUGUUGAGAAAUGCUUUGACUGGUCUGGACCAAAAUACCAUUUUAAUUUCGUUAACCUCAAGGAUAUUGUUAAAAAUAAAUUUGAAGUUAAUACAGUUAUUGAUUGGAUUGGUUAUGUGGAUGUAUGUUUCAAUCUAGAGGAUACGUCAAAGAAGGAUGGGAGAAAGGGCAAGAGACUUAAUCUUAGACUUGAAGACAUUGAAGGCCAAAAGUGUCCGGUUACUUUGUGGGAUGGUUUUGCUAUUGACAUGUUUGCUUACAUGAAUGAUAAGAAACGAGAGAAAUAUGUUGUUAUCCUUUGUCAUUUUGGUAUGGUCAACCUUUACAAAGGCAAGCGUGGUGUUGCAAACGGCUUUGAGCUAAGCAGACUUUUUAUUGACACUGACAUUGAAGAGAUAUCCUCUUUUAGGAAGAGGUAUGUAGAGAAAAUUUCUGCUUCAUCUUCAUCAAAUGAUCAUGUUGGUUCAAUCGUUAUCUCACGUGUUGAAGAUGAGUUUCUUAAUAACCCUGAUUUCAUGCUUAUUGGUUUCCUUGGAACCAUAUCAACGACAAAGAAGGUUUUGGUUGUUGGCACAAUCACAGCUAUAUGCACUGAUAAACUUUGGUAUUACAAUGGUUGUAACCACUGUAAGUCAUGUGUGGAGGAAAGAUUUGUAACGAAAGAAAAUCCGGAUGGUUUAUCUGAUGUUUAUCAUGAAAAAUCGUUGGUGUGUACAAAUGAUAAAUGUGAAGGAGUCGACGUCUAUUCUAUUCCCCGGUUCAAGAUACCUAUUAGGGUGCAAGACUCUUCCGGUACUGUGUCUUUGACACUGUUUGAUUUUGAAGCUUACAAGAUUCUUCAGAAAACUGCCAAAGAGUUAGUUUCAAUUCAAGAUCAGGUUGUUAAUUCUGGAGAGAUACCGAACCCAUAUCCUGAUAUCUUUGACACAUUGAUUGGAAAGAGGUAUGCUUUCAUCAUAAGUGUUAAAGACUAUAACAUUGAGCAUCAGGUUGAAAACUAUGGUAUUUCAAUGGCCACUAACGAUGAUGAGAUCCUUUCCGCGCUCUCCGUCAAAUUCAAUCUUAACCAGCAUUGUGUGUAUUUUAUGUUAUUGUGUAUUAUGUACUUAAAGCAUGAGCAGUCCGAAUCGUUGGAUGUUCCAGAUUCCUGCAGUUUGUCUACUACUGUUGACCUUAUGAAGGAUGAGAUGUCAUACUGCGGUGACAAUGUUACACCUGCAUCCCAAGCACUUGUAGACACUGAGAAUCCGUCUUCUGAUGAAACAAAACGUAAUAUUCGUGAAGUGUUCGAUGUGGAUGAUGCAUUAGGUUGCUCCUCGACAAAGCGCCGCAUUAGUGAUGAACUCUCUCAGGAUGAAGAUGCUGGUGUUUCAACGCUUUUGAUUCCAAAGAUUGAGAAAUAGCGUCUUCUGUAUUUUCAAAUACAUUUACAUGUUGAUUUCAUAUGCUGUUGCCAUGUUGAACUUAUGGUUUUCGUUUUGUUGCUUUUGGGUGUUUGGUGGGUUAUGUUUUG